UUCUGUCACACUGUUUUAGGAACUAAACGAAAUAAGCACGCUAAACCAAAAAUAUUUAACAAGUGCCGGAAGAAGUAAAUAAAACACGACUUAUUCAAUUAAAACAGUUAGUACCAUAUUGGUUAAUUAAAUAACUAUAAGAUCAGCAGCAUUUAACUGCUAGGAGCCAAACCACAAACUACAAAUCAUCGACAACGUGAAAUUCAACAAAAGUUAACAUGGCUGGAGUGCUUUUCGAGGAUAUAUUCAAUGUCAAGGACAUGGAUCCAGAGGGCAAAAAGUUUGACCGUGUCUCCCGCCUGCACUGCGAAUCCGAAUCCUUCAAAAUGGACCUUAUCCUGGACAUCAACUCGUGGCUGUAUCCCAUGGAAUUGGGUGACAAAUUUCGCUUGGUGCUGGCCACAACGCUGCGCGAAGAUGGCUGCCCUGACAGCGGCGAAUACAAUCCUAUGGAGCACGAAGGAACGCGCGCAGACAGUUUUGAGUAUGUGAUGUAUGGCAAAAUCUAUCGCAUUGAAGGCGACGAAGCGCACAACGAAUCCUCACGUCUGUCGGCGUAUGUUUCAUUUGGUGGCCUGCUGAUGCGUCUGCAAGGUGAUGCAAACAAUUUGCAUGGCUUCGAAGUGGAUCAACAUAUGUACUUGCUGAUGAAACGACUGGCAUUUUGAGUUGUAUAUAAUAAAUCAAUUAUAUUUGUA